GACCUUAUGACGAUUUCUGUGCCUUUCGUAUUCAUAAUUCUGGAGGCGAACAACUCCAGAUUCAGAAAAUAGUUCAUGUUCUGUGGUCUUCCAAGUGUUUUGAGGUCGUCUCUACUACAGUCGAGACGAAGGAUAUUAAUCCCUAUAUUUGGUCUGAGUUCCAUCCGCCCGUGUCAGCUCCAGCUCAAUCAUCAGUUUCUUUCUUCUUCGCCGUUAUCAACUUUACGAUACUCAUCUUCUCGCGCAAAAGCAAACAUGUCAGACCUCGCGGACCUCGCAUCUAAACUCUUCCAUGCCGACUCAGAUUUCCACCCUAAGAUUCUACCAACUGAGAAACGUGUUCGCGGUGUAUUGAACGGAGAAUGGAUCUUCGACACGGCAGAAGCGCUUAUGGUUUGGGAGGUCAAGUGGUUCCCGUCAUAUUGGAUUCCACGAAAAGACAUUCUCCCGACCGCCAAACUCGUCGACGAUAAACCGAUUUCUGGAAUCCAAAGCUCGACGUCGAAAUUAUACGUCGGCGACAAGUGGGUGACCACACUAUUGGUGCCGGAUAGUUUCAACUCACCUUUGGCCGGAUAUGUCAAGAUCGAAGCCAAGGCUCUGGACGCGUGGUACGAGGAACAGAGCGAAGUGCUAUAUCAUCCGAAAGAUCCAUUCCAUCGCGUCGACAUCCUCCCGUCCGGAAGACACGUUCGAGUCGAAGUAGAGGGAACGGUGUUGGCCGACACCACGGAUCAAGGCGGUGUUCGUGCUCUUUUCGAAACGAAUUUUCCAGCACGUUGGUAUUUGCCCCGCACUGCUAUCAACUGGUCAUAUCUCCGGCCUAGUGAUACAAAGACUGGUUGUCCGUAUAAAGGACAGGCAAGUUAUUAUGAUGGUGUUAUUGGAGAUAAAGUGAUCAAGGAUAUCGCCUGGUGGUAUCCAAGUCCCAUCAUGGAGAGUUAUGAGGUUACGGGGUUUUUGUGCUUUUAUCCUGACAAGGUUACGACUUUAGUGGAUGGGAAGGAUAUUACGAAAAUCGGUAUGAAGUUGCCAGUCAUUGCGAAUCAGGAUGAUGCUGACAUCGGUAAGAUUCGUCCAAGUCACAAAAAUUGUGAUUGUUGAAGGAGAUGGGGAUUGAUGUAGGUAAAUAGUACUAGUUGAUGGUUUAUGGAGACAUGUUACUGUCGUAUAUGUUCAUCUACUUACUAUUGUAGGUGAAUAGCAAAAUGCCAUUUAAUGAUCCUUAUGGAUGCAUUCAACUAUCUAAACUGUGAG